CUUAGUCCUGAAGUAAAUCCAGGAUUCAGCGUUCCGGAACAACAGCACGCUCAAGUAUCGCGUAGAGAACGCGCACGCGUCAAUCUCACCUUCAGGACACUGCAAUUCCCAUAAGGCCGUGCAGCGUCUUCUGCGCCGCGAAAGUCCAGGGGCUUCGCGGACUCUAAAAGGGUACGGAACUCUCGCCGCACUGCAUUAUGGAAUACCUAGUAAAAUAGAAAACGUCUUCGGGCACAAACUCCGGACCAAGCUCACGUGUUUACCUUGUGCACUGGCGUCGACGACCGGGGUGGGGCAUCAAUGAAUUGUAGCUACCGGAUUGCGUCAUAAAAUCGCGACCAGACGGGCGGCGCCAUCUUCGAACUUGGACUUCCGGAAGGACUUUGGUUGAGGGUGAGUGUACCGCCAUGGGGUGCGCGGGGGGGUCCCGCGAUUACUCCUCCUCCUUCUUCUGUAGCGCUAAGAUAUUGGCUCCGCUAUUCCAUCUCUGCACAGCAUCGCGAUCUCCAGCCCCUGGGCUGCUACAGAAACCAUCAUGCUCCCCACUUCCUUCCCCACAGUGGCAAGAGUGCAUCACCCAUCUCUGCUAAUCAAGGGUCUUGCCUUCUUCCCCCACGCGGUGUCCGUAACACGACAUCCUGUGUCCCGGCUUCGGUGCUGCUUACAUUAAUUACCUCCCUCGACUCUGCGAACCUACAAAUCCAGAGGCAACGUCUCCUGCUGAGAACCAGGGGAUCAGCCAAUAGAAGAGAGAGGAGGGGUCCCCAACCUGCAGGCCGCGGACCAGUACCGGUUCAGGCCCGUUAGGAACAGUGUCAGCAGCAGCCUGCAAAGUGUCUUUGGAGAAAUCAGCUGACAGUCUUAUGGGAGAUCCCUUGUAGGGACAGCCAUUGUAGGGGGUGCUGAUGGAUACCUACGGGGUCGGCUAUGUUGCCCUGGGGGACGCCGGCCCCGUGGGGAACAUGACUGUAGUAGAAUCUCCUGGACAAGAGGUGCUAAACCAACUUGAUGUCAAGACCACUUCAGAAACAACCAGAACAGAAGCUUCCAUAGAGAUGUCUUUACCUACGCCUUUGUCUGGAUUUGAGGACUCUCUUGAUGAGAAAAAGUUCCUUCCAGACCCAGAAAGCCUUUCUAGACUGGAACAGCAAGGCCUUUCUUCAGAGAUGUCAAAGCCCAGGGCCUCAAAGCCUGGCCGGAAGAGGGGUGGCAGGACACGGAAGGGCCCCAAAGAGCCCCAGCAACCUACUCCUCCAACAGCCCCUCUGGUUCCUGGUCACUUAGAGCAAGCCAACCCUCUGUCUACUCCCAUGCCUAAGAAACGAGGUCGAAAGCCCAAGGCAGAGCUGCUGCUGCUGAAGCUCUCAAAAGGCCUAGAACAGCCGGAGUCUCCACCUCCGAAGAGACCCCCUGAGGACUUUGAGACCCCACCUGGGGAACGACCCCGCCGAAGGGCUGCCCAAGUGGCACUUCUGUAUCUUCAGGAACUGGCCGAAGAGCUCUCAACAGCCCUGCCCGCUCCAGUGUCCUGUCCUGAGAGCCCCACGGUGAGCAGCCCCACCAAACCAAAGAAAACCGGGCAACUGGCAGCCUGCCAAGGUGGAGAAGAAGAGGCUGACACUGCACAAGAUGAAGACUUCGUGCUAAAGGUCGAGGCUGAAGAUGGAGAAGAAAGUGAGGCCCCAAGUGAGAGCUCAUCUGAACCUGAGCCUGUCGUGCCCCGAAGCAUCCCGCGCGGACCCACUUCAGGGAAGCAGAAGCCACACUGCCGGGGCAUGGCUCCCAAUGGCCUACCAAAUCACGUCAUGGCUCCUGUUUGGAAGUGCCUGCAUAUGACCAAGGACCUCCGAGAACAGAAGCAUUCAUACUGGGAGUUUGCAGAAUGGAUUCCUAUAGCCUGGAAGUGGCACUUGUUAUCUGAACUUGAGGCAGCUCCCUACCUGCCCCAGGAGGAGAAGUCUCCACUGUUUUCUGUACAACGUGAAGGACUUCCAGAAGAUGGCACACUCUAUCGAAUAAACAGAUUUAGUUCAAUCACAGCACACCCAGAGCGCUGGGAUGUAUCCUUCUUCACAGGGGGACCUGUCUGGGCUCUGGACUGGUGCCCAGUGCCAGAGGGGGCAACAGCCUCGCAGUAUGUGGCACUUUUCUCCAGCCCUGACAUGAAUGAGACACAUUCACUGAGCCAGCUUCAUUCGGGCCCUGGGCUGCUGCAGCUCUGGGGCCUUGGGACCUUACAGCACGAAAGCUGUCCUGGCAACAGGGCUCACUUUGUCUACGGGAUCGCUUCUGACCACGGCUGUGUCUGGGACCUGAGGUUCUGCCCCAGUGGAGCAUGGGAACUUCCAGGCACCCCUCGGCAGGCUCCUCUCCUGCCCCGGCUGGGUCUCUUGGCUCUGGCCUGCUCAGACGGGAAGGUGCUGCUGUUCAGUCUGCCUCAUCCUGAGGCCCUGCUGGCACAUCAGCCCCCGGAUGCAGUGAAGCCCUCCAUCUAUAAGGUACAAUCUGUGGCAACCCUUCAGGUGGGGUCUAUGCAUAUGUCAGACCCCUCGGAGUGUGGUCAGUGCCUUAGCCUGGCCUGGAUGCCCACCCGGCCCCACUACCACCUGGCUGCUGGAUACUAUAAUGGAAUGGUGGUUUUCUGGAACCUUCUCACUAACUCGCCCCUGCAGCGAAUACAGCUCCCUGAUGGCUCCAUGAAGGUCUACCCCUUCCAUUGUUUCCUAGCCCACGACCAGGCUGUGCGCAGUCUUCAGUGGUGCAAAGCCAACAGUCAUUUCAUAGCAUCUGCAGGGAGUGACCGGAAAAUCAAAUUCUGGGACCUUCGACGAACUUAUGAACCAAUAAACUCUAUCAAGCGCUUCUUGAGUACAGAGCUGGCCUGGCUGCCCUCCUACAAUGGUGUCACUGUGGCUCAGGACAACUGCUAUGCCUCUUAUGGACUGUGUGGAAUUCACUAUAUUGAUGCUGGUUACCUUGGUUACAAGGCCUAUUUCACUGCUCCUCGAAAAGGCACUGUCUGGAGUCUUUCAGGAUCCGACUGGCUUGGGACAAUCGCUGCAGGAGAUACGUCCGGAGAGCUCAUUGCAGCUAUAUUGCCUGAUAUGGCAUUGAACCCAAUAACUGUCAAACGGCCCGUAGAGCGAAGAUUUCCUAUAUAUAAAGCAGAUCUGAUGCCAUAUCAGGAUAAUCCUGAAGGUCAAGACCACUCUUCUGCUUCAUCUGGGGCCCUCAACCCUCCCAAGGCUCGAACUUACGCUGAAACAGUCAACCAUCACUACUUGCUCUUUCAAGACACAGAUUUGAGUUCGUUCCACGGUCUGCUCCAUAGAGAACCAAUGCUGCGCAUGCAGGAAGGAGAAGUGCACUCUCGGCUCUGCCUGGACAGGCUGCCGCUGGAGGCUAUUCAUAAGGUGCGUUUCAGCCCAAACUUGGACUCCUAUGGCUGGCUCAUAUCUGGGGGGCAGUCAGGGCUGGUUCGGAUCCAUUUUAUCCGUGGACUCACCUCUCCACUGGGCCACCGUAUGCAGCUUGAAAGCCAAGCCCACUUCCAUGCUAUGUUCCAACCAUCCUCCCCUACUGAAGGGUCUGGCUUCUGUCCAACCAGCCAUUUCCUUCUGCCCAGUCCUUAGUUGUGGUCUACACAGGACCCUUGGAAUGUAGUCUGCCAAGAACAAAUGGCCCCCUGUCACAGACCAUGGGAACUGGGGCCUUCUUGGACAGUGAUGCUGCCAGGUCUGGACCUUUAGACCUGCCUCCCCAGGGCUCCUUAGAUACCUCUCCUUCCAUCGACUUCUGCUGUCGUCACAGCCCCCUGUGGGCAAGGGGGCCUUGCCCUCCACAAACUCUCAAGGCUCUUUAGCCUAAAACUAUGGCUCACAAGAAACACUCAGGCCUGACCUAGGCUUGAGAGUCAAAUUGCUCAUAUUGAGCAUAUUGUGAAAUGGGUAAAGCUAAGUAAAGGUACUGAGUGUUUUUGAGACCACAUGUGAGUGGAUGUUUGGAGAACUAGAAGGGGUAUCUACACGAAGGCUCCCAGCUUCCUGUUUUAGAGUAACCAACACGCAAGCCCAUGGGAGUGUGGGGAAGAGGUAGUAAUUUAUUGGACUGAAGCUGCUUAUAGUACUUUAACUGAGGAACACCACACACACACACUACCAAUAGAACAGUGGCUCAGAUCUUACUUGGUCCUGCUUAGGAAAUAUGCCUAAUCACUGGUCGUCUGACCCUACUCGAACACUCCUAGACAGUCAGAUUUUAAAAUACCUUCCUUUAUAUCCAACCAGAGAGUAUCCCUUUGUAAGUUUUACCGUGGGUAUUCGGAAAUCUAGUCCUUCUUCUCUUUGAUUUGCCCUUUAAGUAUUUAAUAUAGCUAUCAUGUGUUUCCCAAGUCUUCUCUAGAUUAAAUAUCUUCAGUUACCUUAAUCAUUCUUUUACAAGUCAUGAUUUUUGGUUCUUCAUGAUAAUGUCAGAUUGUUGACUUAAUUAAACAUGUUUAGCUACUUUAUUUCAAA